UGGGCCCCCACCGCGCACUAGAAGAGGCCGGUAUGUCUGAUCAGAUGAAUCUUGUGUUUUAGUCUUUAUCGCGUCCGGAUUCGAGGAGUUUAGGCCAUACUAGGCUUGACCUACGAGGGUCCGAAGCUAUUAGCCUCGACAAAUUUCUUAAAUGACAUAACUAGCUGCUGCUGCUGUGUUGAUUUUGGAUUUCGUGUAAAGUCGUAAUAGCUAGCCAGACGGAUCUAUGAACAAUGGAUCAUCCAGCGAUUGCUAUGCCAAUUUAAUCAGCCAGGCUGCAUGAUAACAACUCAGCUUUAAGGCACAUCGAUCCGGCCACCGUUAAUGCCAUAUGAAACACAAUAUUUGUGCCCCUCUACGAAUCUCAUACAAAUAUGUGUCCCUUUAACUCUAGGCCGUUUUUGAGCCCUGCAUUAUUAUUGCGGGCUUUACCCAGCAGUUGAGUUAAAUCAGUCUAUCCAUCAGCCAUCCAUCCAUCCAUCCAUCCAGCUAACCAGCAAGAGCUAAUGGCCAUCUAGCCAGAGGACUUGCCCACUGGCAAACUCGCAUCGCUCGUUGGUUUCGUUGUGGUGUACGUACGUACGACACCCGUCCCUGGCCGCUUUGCUGAAUAGACGUGUCUAACUCUUCACAUAGCCGGUGUCUGUCGCGAGAGCUGUGUUGUGGGCUAACAAUCCAUAAAAAAUGUGUAUUCAUCACUUAUGUACGCUACUCAGUUAAGCGUGAUCCGCGUGACAUAGGCCAUCAGAAGUGACAGUCCUUCUAUUUAUAUGAGUAGAAACUACAUGGACUAUAUACGUUUAAUGAAAACAUAUUACAUAAAUAUAUAGAUAAACUUAAAUAUAUAGCUAAUCAGCUACCGCUCAUCAACCAGCGUCCUUUCAUCUAUUUGUCGAGUGUACAUUGACAGAACACGCCACUGCCACUAGGCAUGUCCCGCUACACCCUGUCAUGAGCGUAAGCGUACGAGAGAAACAAGACCAAACAAGCGCAACAUCAGGAUAAAUAACGAAGACGCGCUAACGUUCCUUUGGGUAAGAAGGAUUUGUCGAACUAAUACAUACAACAACCAAUCCAAGUUUACGCCGACGUGCGCCCAUUCGAAGACAGUUGUUGUUAUUGUUGUUGUUGUUGUUCAAGCAAGCGUGCGAGAGAGAUCGGUUGUUGGUGUUGCUGUUGUUGUGAAAGCGAGUCAUUCAGUCCUUCUAUAAUAUAGCUAUAUAAUCAAUUUGAAUGAGAUCUUGCCUCGUUUUGCUGCUAGCAUAUCCGCUUUAUCAGGUUGCCCUCCCUCGUGAUCUCGUCGAAUGGUAACACAACACUAACGCAAAGUGAAACGCAGAAAACGACGUCUGCUAAUGUGAGGCUCUGUUACGAACAUCAGCGGUAGUCGUAGGAAAAGGAUAAAAGGGGCCAUAGUAGCUCUUGUAGCGUAGUAGCGUGGCCACUGGUUCUGCCUGCAUAACAGUGCUUGGGGUCAAGGCUGGUUGGUUGAUUGGAGUUGGAAGAUUGUUGAAGUGCUGAGGAACUGAUCGUGUGAGUGCUUGCGAGUGUGUUUCGUGUUUAAGUGUGAGUGUGUGUGUGUGUGUUGAGAGCUCGGCUGGAGCGGGGCGAGGUGUCUUGCCAGUCGACUGAAUGAGCUCCCCGUGGGCGUCCCGGAUCGCGUCCCGCGUCCCAGCUGGCCGCUAUCUGCGCCACCAGCUCGCCCCCGCAGCAAACGGCUUGUCGUGCACCCUGCUGAGAGGCUAUGGAAACACCACCGACUUCGUCCAAGGCCAGGCCCAGUAGACACAACCAGCGAGCAGCAGCGGCAGCAGUGCAGCAACAACAUCAGCACAACCAACAACAACAACAGCAGCAGCUACAACAUCAUCACCAUCAACACCCUCAGCCCCAACAGACGUCGCCGACUUCAGCGGCCACGAGGGAUCAGCUGCAACAGCAUCAGCAGCAUCCGCAGCAGACGACAACGACGUUAUCAUCGUCCGUGUCAUCGUUGUCGUUACCGCCGCCGUUGCCGCCGGCGGUACAACCAUCGUUGUUAACAGGCGCUGCUGCUACCGCGUUCAAUAGCGGCGGUCCUACAUCGCCAGCAGUUAACAGUGCAGGAACAAUCGGCCUCGGUGGACAUCAUUGUGCUGCCACCUUGGGCUCAUCACCACUAACGACGACAACUACAGCCUCUUCAACCGAAGGAGGUCUGCCCGCCUUCACGGGCCAUAGUGCUGCAAGCGGUGCUGCUGUUGCUGCGGUAAUCGGAAUCGCCGCCGGUUUAAGAAGAAGGGCCAGCCACGAACCCUCGUCACAACAAUCGCAGGUCGCAAACCAACAGGGUUCGUCAUCAGCUACUCUUACGACUGGUACGAUUCAUUCACAUCAGCAUCACCAUCAUCAUCAACACCACGUUCAUCAUCAACAAAGCCAACAUCAGAGUGCAGAAGGUAUUGCUACGACAGGACCGGCAACGGUGUCGAGCGCCGCCAGUGGACCUAGCCAGUCAGGACAGCCAGAAUCUCUCUUAUCAGCGGACAGCAGCCCGCAAAGUCAAAAAAGGAAGUACAAUACGCGUUUGGCCUCACGUGUCGAAGAUAACCUGCCUUCGAAUAACGUGCAACAGCAGGGAGGUCAAUCGAGUACAAGAACACAUAGAGACUCGAAAGGCCCAAGUUCGCCAAAGAAGUCCAAGAAAAGCGGCCAGUCUCAACAAGCAAGCGUACCUGUACGGCGACCCGGAGGGCGACGUCGUUCGGGAGGGGUAGUCUCAUCAGCGGGCGCUCUCGCGACGGGCGCUUGUGCCUCAGGAUCACCCGCCUCUCAGCACUCAGCAACGACAGCCAACAGUGGGCAUCAAUCGCAGCACUACUACCAACAACAGGUACAGCAAGCGGAAGGGCCCCAUCAUAGCCGGCAGGUGGGCGGCAGUAGCAGCAGCGCAUCGUCAGCAAACGUCGCAACUGCAUCCCAACAUCAACACCAUCUGUCGCAAGUGGGUGCCAUUAGCAGCAGUAGUACGGGAACCAGCAACAGCGGAAGGCAGCAGCAUUCAGCAGCCGUUGGGGGGUCGAGACCCUCCAAGAUGAACAGUCAGCAACACUCACAUCAACAACAGAAUGAGCCAAUGGAAUCGCAGGCCAGCGUGGCAAGCGCAAACUCCUCAAGCAGUAGCAGCGCCGGCGCUAGCGGAACGAACAAUAACCAAAUGGACUCUCAGUCCGCUUCAGCAGCAUCGGGAGGUGCAUAUGGUGAAGUGGCCGUUUCGACUCAAUCAGGUGGUUCAAGUGGCGGAGCUGGUAGCGGCGGCGGCGCCGGCGAAGAUGGAGAUGUAAAUAGGCUGCGGGAACUUCUGGAGUCGCGAGGCAUUCCCCCGCAGCUGCUUGGAACAUUAGGGCCUCGCAUGCAGCACUUCUUACAUCGAUAUGUGGGUUCGAUGGGCGGUGUUUCGAACCUUUCAAAUGGCAAUCAUAGUCGUGCUACACAACUUCUAGAGACACUGCAGUCACCUGAUGAGAACGAGCAGCUCGGCGCUGUAAUGGAGAUGUGUCAGACGUUAGUCAUGGGCAACGAAGAUUCACUAGCUGGCUUCCCAUUCAAAGCGGUUAUCCCUGCUCUCGUGGGUUUGUUAGCGGGUCCGGCCGAAGGUGGAGCAGAAGGCCGUUCACCAAACUUUGAGGUGAUGCACAACGCCUGUCGCGCCUUAACGUACAUGAUGGAGGCGCUGCCUCGAAGUACAAGUCUCAUUGCCGAAAGUAUUCCGCGUUUCGUCGAAAAACUGGAAGCCAUCCAAUGUGUAGAUGUAGCCGAACAGAGCUUGACUGCUUUAGAGAUGUUAAGCAAAAAACACGCGAAAGCAAUCUUACACGCCAAUGGCGUUGCUAGUUGUCUCGCCUACCUUGACUUCUUCUCGAUGAACGCUCAACGCUCGGCUCUGACCAUAACGGCGAACUGCUGCGCCCAUCUGGGCCCAGAUGACUGGUCCCUAAUAAAACCAUGCGUGCCAAUCUUGGCCCAACGGCUUGAUCCUGGAGGAUGUGAUAACCCCGAUAAGAAAAGUAUAGAUUGUGCCUGUGCCGCUCUUUCUCGUAUCGUGGAGGCAUUUCAGAAUAACCCCGACGUUCUCGAGGAAGUGGCUCCGCGAAGUACACUGGACUUAAUACAGGCGCUCGUGUUGCGAAACCCUGCGCUUGUUUCGUCUCCUACGUUCGUAAUUGUGAUUCGCAUGUUGGCCCUGUUGUGUCAGGGUUGUCCACCCAUAGCGGUGGAACUGCUCAAGAGUAGCAUUGACGUGACAUUACGCCAUCUUCUCGUAGGCCCAGAGAAGAACGGACGCGUGGAUCCGCCCGAGCUGUUGGCUCGCUCUCCACAAGAACUCUACGAGAUAACGGGGUUAAUUAUGGAAUUAAUGCCCCGCCUGCCUGAUGACGGCGUUUUUGCUGUUGAUCAGCUGCUCUGGAGGCCUCAAGGACAACAGGCUGCGGGGGUUAGCAGUAAUGUAAUCACCCAAGUGCACUGGUGUUGGCAAGAUAACAACAUGGAAUGGCAGCCUUAUUCUUUAGUGGACGGACGCUGCAUAGAAUCGGCACACGCCAACGGUGAGGAAGAGGUUUCGUUAUCUAUUAACGGAAAGACCUAUUCACUAAGUUUCACGCAGAUGCAGCAGACAAGUGAGGACAGCGGGACAACACGUGCCAUUCGCCGAACGGUAAGCAACUGCAAUCAAACAUCAGGCGCUGCAACCACUAAUUCUACCACUACUAUUAAUGUGAGUGGUCAACAGCCAAUUAGCGGCGCUGGGACGAGCGCACAAGCGUCCAAUACUGCGACAGUUUCGCAAACCGGAAAGAACUCGGCACCCGGAAAGACAGUACCGGCGGCUGAUGGCACUGCUGCCGCCAGUGCGAAUCUAGGCAAAGACGCCCGCGCCGAGUUGGUUAAGGAAGAGCCAGAACUUGUAGCAAAAUUUGUGCGUAGCCUAAUGAGCGUUCUGUACGAGGUGUACGGCAGCAGCGCGGGCCCGGCCGUACGUCAUAAGUGCCUUCGAGCAAUGCUGCGUGUCGUUUACUAUACGGACGCGACGACGCUCGAGAGCAUCCUGCGUGCAGAUGCCGUGUCGAACCAUCUCAGUCAAAUGCUGUCCACUCACAACGAUCUGCGGGUUACGGUAAUGGCAUUACAGCUAACAGAGAUACUCAUGCAGAAGAUGCCGCAUCUAUUCGUACAUUCGUUCAAUCGUGAGGGGGUAAUCCACAAAAUUUCGGAACUUUCCGCGAAGCCGGUUGAACCGCUCGAAUCGCACAUAGCUCAUGCUGUUCCUCAUGUGCACAAUAGCGCUUACAGCGGUCAUCGAGGUUCUGGCGUUCACGGGUCCAACGGCGGCUCGGGCAGUGGUGGAAGCAGCGGUAUUGGCGUCGACGCCGGGGCAGAGUUCGGUAUAGCGACGAGUGGUUCGAGUCACCCGGGGGGCUCGGUCUACGGUGGAGGUGAAGCGACGACAUCGGCUGAGAAGAGUCCGGAACAGCAGCAUAAUAAUCAGCUAUUCAGCCAGCGUUUCCUUGGUGACAUGCUUAAGCGCAAGAGAGCCUCGGGUGCGGCGGCGGCCAACGACAAAAAGCGGGCUUCGGAAUCGCGAGGCAAAGACUCUCGUAGAAUGAAGGGCUCAUCGUCCGGAGCAUCAAGUGGGCCGUCGGCGGCGACUGCGGCGACGGCAGCGGCAGCUGUCGCAGCUCAUCCGACUCAGUCAGAGUCCAAACGCGGCGGCCCGGCCACAAGGAGUAGGCUGUCAGUCCAUGGAGAUCUGGAAAGUCCAGAAGAUACUGGCGGAGGCCACGGCGCCACUUCGGCCAAACCAUCGAGCUCUGGACAUAGCUCGGCGCACGGCUCGUCGAACAGCAGUCCCGUUUCGAUGAGGUUUAGCUCGACAGCCGGCGGCACCGGUGGUCUUUUGGCUGGCACUACAUCUGCCGGCGUCGCAGAGGCAGGCGGCGACGCUAGUGCAAGUGGCGGAGGUGGAUCAAGUCAGAAGAAGGGAGGAGCCAGCGGUGGCACGGGGGCGGGUUUUUUCUCUCAGUUGGUACCUUCUCGCUUCUGUAAAUGGGGCCAUCCCAGUCCAAGUUCGCAGCCGGCGGCCAGUUGUAGUGGACAGCAAGGCUCAGGAGGCGGGUCGGAUAGGCACAACUCGAUUCAACAGCAACUUCAACGACAGCGCCAAGAAAUGGUGCAUAAGAUCAAGCUGUGGAUCCGCGACGAAAGUCAGUCGCUCAACGACAACUAUUUUGCCGCCUACCGCCAGCAGUUGUGCAGGAGCACACUUGAGAAACUUGAAAGCGCGGUGGCUCUAGUCAAGGCUGGACAGGAUGACAGUGGCAAGCUCGUACAGGGCCUUAGGGAAAUCUGUGACGUACUUCAACAGGGCGACGUUUCCUCAUUUGAGCUCAUUCAUUCGGGCAUGGUUGGGGCACUUCUCGACCUGUUUGCUGAACCUGGCCCGGAGGCAUUUGUGCGCAACGCCAAAAUCAUUCUGCAGGUGUUCGCAGGUGUAGACGUCUUGCUGAACGCUUGCGAAUCACAAAGUGGUCCAUGCACGGUGGGUGAUUCGACCUUGUUGCUCACACUGGUCUCCCGCCUCAGCUCAUGCGUGUCUCAGCUGGAGCAGUUUGCCCUCAAAGUGCACGACGUGCCUGGCGGUAUCGGUGGCACACGAGGCACUUCGGCUCUGCGUUUCUUUAAUACCCAUCAGCUCAAGUGCAAUCUCGAGCGACAUCCCAGCUGUGCUAACCUAAAACAAUGGAAGAACGGACCAGUAAAGAUCGACCCGCUAGCGCUGGUACAAGCAAUCGAGCGCUAUUUGGUGGUGCGUGGUUAUGGCCGGGUUCGCGAUGACGACGAAUGCGGCUCGGAGGAUGAUAACAGUGAUGAAGAUUUGGACGAGAGUAUGCUGUUAGGCAGCUCGCAGGGACACAGCCGCCACCGGCUACAAUUCCUUAUCGGCGAAACGCCACUGCAGUACAACAUGACGGUGUACCAGGCGAUCAAGCAGUACUCGCACCUGGCCGACGGCGGGGCGCACUCCGAGACGGAUUUGUUUGACGCCAGCCUUGGCUUGGAUUCGGCAUCUUCCGCCGUCUGGACGCACACGCACACGAUAUACUAUCGACCAGCUAUUGCUGACGAUUUAGGUCAGAAUGGAACGGGCCAGCGAAAAAACAAAACUAAAGGUUCAGGCGGGAAGAAGCCAACGGCGAAGGACGAAUUGUGGAAUGAAGGUUUUAGUCCAGCUCCAUCCUGUCCAAUUGAGGACGCUCUUGCAGCUGGUAAAAACUUAGUGACCAAGCUGUCUGAUCCGUCCCUACGGAUGCUUGCGCUGUUGCGCGUACUCUACACACUUAGCCAACACUGGGGUUUACUGUAUGGCGUCCACAACUUUAUGCCAGCCCUACAAGAAGAGGUCUUUCUCAAUGCAAAAUUAAGUAAUAAAGCACUCCGUCAGCUGCAAGAUCCCUUAGCUUUGAUGACAGGAAACAUCCCACCAUGGCUAAAGACACUGUCGGCCUUCUGUCCGUUUAUCAUGCCAUUCGAGACACGUCACAACCUUUUCUACAGUACUUGUUUCGAUAGAGAUCGUGCACUGCAACGUUUAAUGGACUCUAGUCCCGAAUUAUCAUCAGGGGAUUCCUCAGAACGCGUAACACCCCGACUUGACCGAAAGAAACGAACAGUAAACCGAGAAGAUCUCCUCAAACAGGCUGAAGUCGUGUUCAAUGAGAUCUCACUUAGUAACAGCCGUGCGAUGCUCGAGAUUCAAUACGACAAUGAAGUAGGCUCAGGGCUUGGUCCAACACUCGAGUUCUAUGCCCUCGUGUCUCGCGAAUUGCAACGUUGCGACCUGGAGAUGUGGCGUAACUUUAUGACCAGCACUGAUCGCGCACUUUAUCAUAAAGGUGGCGAAAAGAAGUACGUUUUUUGCCCCGGAGGCCUUUAUCCUACUCCCGUUGCGCGAAAUAUCAAGUCAUCUCAGUUAAACAAGAUAAAGAAUCGCUUUAAGAUGUGCGGCAAGUUUGUUGCUAAAGCUUUGAUGGACUCCCGCAUGCUGGACAUGCACUUUUCGGUGCCUCUGUUUAAGUGGAUGCUGGGCGAGGAGCGCUCGUUGGGAUUGCGAGAUAUCCAGCACAUCGAUGAGCAACUGUUCCGUCAUCUCUGCAAACUACAAAGUCUUGUUGAGCAGAAAAAUCGCAUUAUCGCCCAAAACAAGAAUCUGACCGGUCCUGCCUUGUCGAAGAGUCUCGAGAAGCUCACUCUGGAUGGGUGCUCAGUCGAGCUUUUAGGCCUGGACUUCACUCUGCCCGGUUACGAUAUUGAGUUGAAAAAGGGCGGUGCGAAUGUAGCCGUCACAAUUCACAAUCUGGACCAGUAUAUUCGGCUUGUCGUCUAUUGGACACUGGUGGAGGGCGUACGCCGGCAGAUGGACGCAUUCAAAGAGGGUUUCGAGAGCAUCUUCCCGAUGGAUUCGCUCGGACACUACUUCCGUCCAGCCGAGCUAAACCGGGCACUGUGCGGCGAUUCAGCGCACUGGUCAAUGGAUAUUCUUCGCAGAGCCUGCAAGAUCGAUCAUGGCUAUACUAUAGAGUCACGUGCCAUCCAGUUUCUGUUCGAAAUCAUGGAAGAGUUUGACGAGGGCCAGAGACGACAGUUCUUGUUGUUUGUCACUGGCUCACCACGUCUACCUGUCGGAGGUUUCUGUGCUCUCGUGCCACCACUCACGAUUGUUAAGAAGAGCUCAGAGGGACAGCCGUCAGACAAAUACCUACCAUCGGUUAUGACAUGCGUCAACUAUCUAAAGUUGCCUGACUAUUCUACGAAAGAGGUGAUGCGGGAAAAACUGUUGGUCGCUCAAUCAGAGGGCCAGUGUUCCUUCCACCUCAGUUAAUGGAGUGUGAUGUCUGGAAAGGAAUUUAAUGGGACGAAAGGAUAGGAAAGCAACAGACUCGGUAAGGUGUUACCGAGAUUUGAGUAGGACCAGUCGUUUACAACCAGUUGACUGGCCAACAUGACAACAGCCAUUAUCGGUUAUUGAUGAAGCGUUGAGAAAUGAUAA